AUGUCGAGGCGCAAGCAGGCGAAACCCCAACACAUCAACUCAGAGGAGGACCAGGGCGAACAGCAGCCGCAGCAGCCGGCCCCGGAGUUUGCAGAUGCGGCCGCAGCGGCGCCGGCGGCGGGGGAGCCGGGUACUCCAAUGAACCCCCCAGAGAGUGGCGAUGACGUGAACGUGGACGGAGCAGGGAUAAAGAGGCCUCGGCGGGAGGAGACCCACAUCUGUGAGAAAUGCUGUGCCGAGUUCUUCAGUUUCUCGGAGUUCUUAGACCAUAAGAAAAAUUGCACUAAAAAUCCACCUGUCCUCAUCAUGAACGACAGCGAGGGGCCGGUGCCUUCAGAAGACUUCUCCGGGGCUGUGCUGAGCCGCCAGCCACGCAGCCCAAGCAGGAAGGACGGUCACAGAGAGGACGGUGGCAGCUCAGGGGACACGAGGGAGAAGCCGGGGGCAGAGUCCGUCGUGUACUUAAAGACGGAGGCCGCCCUGCCGCCUACACCCCAGGACAUAAGCUAUUUACCCAAAGGCAAAGUGGCCAACACCAACGUCACGCUUCAAGCACUGCGGGGCACCAAGGUGGCCGUGAACCAGCGGGGCGCGGACGCGCCCCCAGCCCCACUGCCCGGCGCCAGCAGCAUCCCCUGGGUCCUCGAGCAGAUCCUGUGUCUGCAGCAGCAGCAGCUCCAGCAAAUCCAGCUCACGGAGCAGAUCCGCGUGCAGGUGAACCUGUGGGCCUCCCACGCCCUCCACUCCAGCGGCAUGGCCGGAGCCGACUCCCUGAAGACGCUGGGCGGCCACGUGUCCCAGCAGGUUUCGGCGGCUGUGGCUCUGCUCAGCCAGAAGGCGGGGAGCCCGGCUUUGCCCCUGGACACCUUGAAGCCAGCCAAGCUACCUCACACCAGCAUCCCUUCCGCUGCCAGCUCCGUGUCCCCGGGGCUGACGCCCUUCGCCCUGAAGCCAGAUGGGACCCGGGUGCUCCCCAACGUCCUGUCGCGUCUCCCGGGGGCGUUGCUACCUCAGGCCCCAGGCUCUGUGCUCUUCCAGAGCCCCUUCUCCGCGGUGGCGUUAGACCCGUCCAAGAAAGGGAAAGGGAAGCCACCCAGUGUCUCCCCGGUAGAUGUCAAACCCAAGGACGAGGUCCUCUACAAGCACAAGUGUAAGUACUGUAGCAAGGUUUUUGGGACUGAUAGCUCCUUGCAGAUCCACCUCCGCUCCCACACCGGAGAGAGACCCUUCGUGUGCUCUGUCUGCGGCCACCGCUUCACCACCAAGGGCAACCUCAAGGUGCACUUUCAUCGGCAUCCCCAGGUGAAGGCAAACCCCCAGCUGUUUGCCGAGUUCCACGACAAGAUGGCGGCAGGCAGUGGCCUUCCCUACGCGCUCUCUGGCCCUGUCCCCGUAGAUGAAUCCGGGCUCUCCUUAGACAACAAACCCGUCCUUGCGACGGGGACCCCCAAUGUAGGGCUACCUCAGAAUCUCUCUUCGGGGACUAACCCCAAGGACCUCAUGGGUGGCCCAUUGCCCAACGACCUGCAGCCCGGGCCUUCUCCGGAAAGUGAGGAUGGAUCCAUCCUACCUGGGGUGGGGCUAAACCAUAAUUCCCCGAGGGUUGGUGCCUUCCAAGGGAGUGGGACACCCGAGCCGGGGUCAGAGACCCUGAAACUGCAGCAGCUGGUGGAGAACAUCGACAAGGCCACCAUCGACCCCAACGAAUGUCUCAUAUGCCGCCGUGUCUUAAGCUGCCAAAGUUCCCUCAAGAUGCAUUACCGCACCCACACCGGGGAGAGGCCGUUCCAGUGUAAGAUCUGUGGUCGAGCCUUCUCCACCAAAGGCAACCUGAAGACGCACCUCGGGGUGCACCGGACCAACACGUCCGUAAAGACGCAGCAUUCGUGCCCCAUCUGCCAGAAGAAGUUUACCAACGCGGUCAUGCUGCAGCAGCAUAUUCGGAUGCACAUGGGCGGUCAGAUUCCCAACACGCCUCUGCCGGAGAAUCCCUGUGACUUUACGGGUCCCGAGCCAAUGAUGGUCGGUGAAAAUGGCAGUACAAGCGUUGUCUGUCACGAUGAUGUCGAAAGCAUCGAUGUAGACAAAGUCUGCUCCCAGGAGGCCCCUGGCAGCUCCUCGAAGGUCCCCAUGCCCCUUCCCAGCAUCCACUCGGCAUCACCUACUCUAGGGCUGUCCUCGGUGGCUUCCCUAGAUGCCCCGGGGAAGACGGGUCUCGCUGGUCUUGUCCUGCAGCGACAGAGCAGCCGAGAGAAUGGUUCAGUGGAGAGUGAUGGCUUGACCAACGACUCUUCCUCCUCAGUGAUGGGGGACCAGGAGUAUCCAAGCCGAAGUCCAGAUGUCCUGGAGACCACGUCAUUCCAGGCAGUCUCCCCAGCCAAUAGCCAAGCGGAGAGUGUCAAGUCCAAGUCUCCUGAUGCCGGUGGCAAAGCGGACAGCUCCGAGAACAGCCGCCCUGAGACGGAAGGUCGGAGCAGUGGCCCACCGACAUUUAUCCGAGCCCAGCCAGCCUAUGUCAAAGUUGAAGUUCCUGGUGCGUUUGUUGGUCCCGCGACCAUGUCCCCAGGCGUGACACCUUUGCUUGCCAUCCAGCCCCGACGACAGGCCAAGCAGCACGGCUGCACGAGGUGCGGGAAGAACUUCUCAUCUGCCAGCGCGCUUCAGAUUCACGAGCGGACUCACACCGGGGAGAAGCCUUUCGUGUGUAACAUUUGUGGGCGAGCUUUUACCACCAAAGGCAACUUGAAGGUCCAUUAUAUGACGCAUGGGGCCAACAAUAGCUCGGCACGCCGUGGCAGGAAGCUGGCCAUUGAGAACACCAUGGCUCUAUUAGGAACGGACGGAAAGAGGGUCCCCGAGAUAUUUCCCAAGGAAAUCCUGGCCCCUUCGGUGAACGUGGACCCUGUUGUGUGGAACCAGUACACCACCAUGCUCAAUGGUGGUCUGGCCAUGAAGACCAACGAAAUCUCCGUGAUCCAGAGUGGUGGCAUUCCCACCCUCCCGGUGUCGCUGGGGGCCAGCUCCGUGGUGAAUAACACCGCUACCUCCAAGAUGGAUGGCUCCCAGUCGGCCAUCAGUGCCGAGGUGGAGAAGCCGGGAGCUGCCGACAGCGUCCCCAAACACCAGUUCCCUCACUUCCUGGAGGAAAACAAGAUCGCCGUCAGCUAAGCUACAGGAGAACGCACGUCAAAGGAGCAGUGCGGUGACCUCUCUAGAACUGUCCCUUUUUUGUUUGUUUUUCUUAAAGACCCCCAUCUCCUCCAGUUUUCUUCCUGAUGUGCAAAUAAUGUUUACAGUUGUGACCACAACCUCAGGCACAUCCUACAAUCACAAUGUUGCUAUGCUGCUUUGCAAAAAACAAACAAACAAAAAAGAAAAAUCAAAAAAAAAAAUUCAUACUAAAACAAAUAUAGACUAGUAUUUUUUUUUUAAUUUUGGAAAGAAGCGGGUCUUGCAAAGUAGUUUUGUUACUUGCAACAAACUAUAUACAUAAAACCUUUGUACAACCUAGAGUAACUGUUUCCAAAGACUGUCACCUAUUUCAAGUUGGAAGGU